AUGUCGAACCGCUACGAACGCGAGGCCGAAGAUCGCUACGAAGAGGAGAAUGACCUCUCUCCUGUCACCGGUGACUUCAAGGAUUCAUCCUAUACCACAGAUCAAGCCAGUAGAAUCCCUGUGCAGUCAGACAACAAACCGUACGACGAUCCUUUCCAGCCGCCACAGUCCAACUCCAAUCAGCAGCUAGAACAAGAUGAGCGCGACGCUAUUGACCCGUCUAAUAUCUUGCAAGGAGAUCGAAAUCGCCUUCGCCAUGCGAAACCCAAGACGGCGAACCGUUACAACGAAGGUCCGAAUGAGGACGAUAUUCCCUAUGAAGCACAGUACACGGGACAGUCUUCAACUCGCUAA